CCUCCCGGGCUCUGUUUACAGUUUACAUGUCCAAAAGUCAUGGAUGUACAAACAGACGAUAUUUGCUUUUUGUGUCGGCACAACUGGGACCAGUGGGGCAGCUAAAUUACAGCGAGCGGAUAAAAGGAAAUAGGUUUGGAUUUCAAAGUCAAGCCCAGUGGUCCUAAGUACAACGAACAUUUCAGCCUGCUCUCAAAAUGUCCUCGCAACAAGGAGACAUCCCAGCCCUGGAGUCUGGAGCGUCCUCUUCCCUGUUUGGUGCCAUAUCAUCCCCAAUGCCAGUGAUCCGGCGCAAUAUUAGCUACGAUGAACUGAUUGAUGCGCCGAUGCACUCACCGCCAUCAGACCUGAGCGUCAACAUCCUAUGGAAGGACCCUGUCAAACCCAGGCACAGAUUUAGAAACAUUAUAGAGGAAGGGGAGAGUGGUGGGAAGUUGGUCACUUUUGAGACAGCUACCCCACCCAGGUCACCUGUGCCUGUCGUAAAGGCCAAGGCUACAACUUUAAUGAGUGCAUUGAUGAGGCAAAGCCAUGAGAAUCUGCAUCGGUUCGAGCACCAAGCAGGCCUCACAGACACUGGGUACUCUCCACACAAGGGUCUUUCUGCUGAGGAGACCCGCUUUCACCGUCGGGCGGAAGUCACUCUGCCAAAGUUGAAGAUGCCAAGUGGGGACUUUAAGGAGGACAGGCUUACAACAUCAGCACAGUCGACUCCUGUAGGCACCCCCUCUGUCACCCCCUCUGUCACUCCCAGUGUCACGCCCAGUGUCACUCCACACUCGUCACCUGCCCUCAGUCGCAGAAACUGGUUUACAGUGAACUCCGGCCCACUUCUCACAGCUCCAGAGCUCAGCUACCCUGCUCCAAGCACAGACAUGGGGAAUGAGGGAGGGGGAGGAGAUAGAUGGACCUUCUUUGGGUCUCGCUCUAUGGUCCAGAAGUCCCCCACUGACCCUGGCUCCGAUACAGGCACAGGCUUUUCCCUGCAGUCCUACUUUGGCCUUCAUAAGUCUUCCACCAUGGAUUACUCAAGCACACAGGUCAAACUGAACGUGGAGGACCCGGCCAACUUCACGCCUCCUAAGAUUGAAAUUACAGGGAUUGAGGCCAAGCGGCCUCCUGCUCGACCGCACAAGCUCAAACCCCGGGACAUGAAUGUGCUCACACCGUCGGGCUUCUGAACACCUUUGCGCCUCAUGGAGCCGACCUUUGACCUCUGUAGCCACCCAGAGACAAUUUGAGUCCCUAACAUUCUCCUGCUGUCUCUAACAGACCACUUCCAACAUAUGAGAUGGCCCAGUAAACCUCCAUGUAUCAAUGUUCUGCCAUUCACAAGCAUUGUCUCCAUGUCCUUUUUUUGCUAUCUGUGGCUAAAGAUGAAGUGGUGAAAUAACUUGUCAGAUAAAUAAUUGGAGCUGUGCUGUAUUUUGUAGUUUUACUGACAUGCUACUUCAAUCCACCAUGUGGCCAUGUAGUAUUUUUUUUAUUUCUACAGUCGUAUAGUGCUUCUUGGUUGCAUGUACACUAGUGCGAGUUGACUGAUGGUGCCUCCACUUACAGCGUGUUAGCAUCACGUUUUGUUUUUUUUUUCUAUAAGGUGUAAAGAUUGUUGUUUUAUUUAAUGGCAGAAUAAUUUCUUGUAUUAUCAUUUCCACAAUUUCAUUUUUUUUAUAUUUUAAGCUGUUGUGUCAGAAUUGUAGUUUGUGUGCAUAUUUUUUGUUGGCAAAUUAUGUUAUUAAUUGCACAAAUGGAGGUCAUCUCCAGUUUCUAAAUACAUCUGAAGCAAAUAAAGAGCUGAUGUGGUACUUGA